CAUUAUCUUCCGCGGCUGAAAGCGGAGCGCGCAGGCUCCGCUCCAAAGUUACAUUCCCCCGCCUCAAGGCAGGGGGCGCAGCUGAUGGCGGUGGCCCUUGCUGGGGCAACGGCACAUCUUCCCUCCCCAGUCCCCUUUACCAAAUAAAAUGGACCGAGAACCUAAUGAUGAAGCAGCGCAAGGCUUGCUAUCUACGGCGCACGCACGAUUUCAGGAGCGGCGAUUCGAGGAGGCAGAGGAACUCUACAGCCGUUACAUCCAACACUGCGCAUGCUCUAAAUCGAGCAAAUGCACCUGUCAGGACCUUGCAACUGCACUUAACAACAGGGGGCAGAUCAAGUAUUUGAGAGUCGACUUCUAUGAAGCAAUGGACGAUUACACAUCAGCUAUAGAAACCCAGUCUGACUUUGAAGUACCAUAUUAUAACAGAGGUCUGAUAUUAUAUAGGCUAGGAUACUUUGAUGAAGCCAUGAAGGAUUUCAAGAAGGUUUUAGAGCUAAACCCCGACUUUGAAGAUGCUUCUUUAAGCUUAAAGCAGACUAUCAAGGAUAAAGAAGAAAAACAAAAAAGAACAUCUUAAAUUAUACGGCCUUUGUUGGAUUUUGAGACUGGCUUGUCUGAAAAAGUGAAGACACAAAAACUCUUCUUUCUGCUCACCUCCUUCAUUUAUUUUACUUCUGGCACAAAAAAGAAAAAAUGCCCUAAAAAUAAAUGCAUUCACUAUAAUUGAAAAAGUAAACUGUAUAUAUUGUAGAAUUUCUGUAAUUGUAGGGCUGAGAUGCUGUUCAUUGUAAGCUAAAAUUGUUUAUAAUACAAGCUUUGUAUAUAGCUCAACACGUGUUUAGUAAAAAGUAUUAACCCUGACAAGCCAUUAAAAAUUA